GAUGAAUCACUGGAAAGUGGCAAAAAAUAGUCAGAAUUUUGGAAAAAAUGACAGUCACCGGAACUGCUGAAUCAACUCAAUUGCAACCUACACAUUUGCAUUCCCUGUGCAAAAAGCCUUGUCAGCUUAGGUGCAAACGGAGACCCUGCGAUUUCAUAAUAGAAUGCGACGAAGGCAGUCUCUCUGCCCACAAAAAUGUGCUAGCCAACGCUUCUGGAUACUUCCAGGGACUCUUCGCUGGAUGUAUGGUCGAGGUCAAGCUAUCUAAGGUCCAGUUGAAGCUAAUCUCCCUCAGAAUAAUGACGAAAAUCAUUGACUUCAUCUACAAGCAAACCAUAGAUCUUACCAUUGACGAUGCUGUAGACAUUCUGAUAGCAUCACAGUAUCUGCUUAUCGAGGGAUUGAUGAUGAAAUGCUCGACGUUCUUGAAAGGCAACGUUAACCUAGGCAACGCCAUCGAAAUCUAUUACAUUGCGGACCACCAUUGUAUGAGUGAACUCCGCAUAGCUGCGGUCAAGAUCCUGGCAGAGAACAUUGUUCCACUCGUGUCAAUAGAUCAGUUUCUAUUUGAAGUCGAACCCAACCUAAUGCGGGCUCUACUCGAAUCUGAUGAUCUCGUUGUGCCGCAUGAAGAUUCAGUGUAUGAGUUCUUCGUCGCCUGGCUUCAUCGGAAACCGCAAGACAGAAAAGGAUACGUCGACGCCUUAAAAGAACUCAUCCGAUUCCCGUUCCUCAAGGUAACUACUGUGGCACGUUUAAAACAGACGUUCGGCCCAAUUAAGGGUCUGCUGGAGUUAACAGACGCCAAUAACUGGAACUUAGAGGAGUCGACGUUUCGACGGCGGAAAUAUACAAUGGCUCAUUGUCAUUUUUUGUGGCAGCAGCAUUGGCACAGGAACACAUGUUGUAACACAGUCGGUUUUGAAAGAAGUCGCUUAGUUUUAACCUGUAGCAUUCUCGACCAGCGUCACGACACCCUGAUACACGGAGAUUGGACGAGUGUUCCAGUUUUGUCCGAUGUUGAAGUCUGCGGCCACAUGCUAUAUUCAAACAGUUUUGGACAUCUUUACCAUUUCCGUGCUCGUACUGACCAUUUCCUUCUUCCGCUUAAACCUAAAUUUACUACACGUCUUCCAAUGCUUCUCGGCCCCCGAUUGUACGCGGGCCAAGAUGGUAUUCUACGCUUAAUUGAAAACUCAGGUUUAGGCUACCUGAAAUUUCCAAAUAUCUACCAAUUCAGUGGAACAACUGGCCACUUCGAAAUGCAACCAGCCUCAAGCGAAGCGUUGGUCACAACGGCAUCGUCUGAUCAGCUGAUCUUCCACCGUUAUUCUAGUAGCCUCAUCGAUCCCAUAACGGGCCGUGUAAUGAAUGUAAGCUACCCACUCGAGUCGAAAAAUCGCUUAUGUGGUGCACACUGGUUAACUGCUAUUCAAAGGAAUGAUACUUUUUUGUUUUGGUAUCAAUCUAAUGUCGAAUGCAGCCCGUGCGGGCUAACUCGCCAUAAGUGCUUGACAAGUCUAAACCUUUCGAACGGACGUUGGGGCCCUUCAAUUGACACCGGCAAAUACAGUUAUAGUUGUGAGAGUAUGCUUCCUACCCUAGUUCACGGAACAGUGUACAUGUUGAAUUCUGCACCGAACCUUGAUUAUGGCGAGCUCCGCAUUGACAAGCUCGACGAAGAUAACGGACUCAUGCAAACGGUUCAAGUAGCCAUGCUUCAGAAUGCACAGUUUAUGGGAGUGAUUCCUGUUGAUGUUUGUACAUCCUGUCCUAUGGACACGUGGCUUUCAGCAGAAAUUCGAAAGCUUCCCGAUAACACGCCGAGUCAACGAGCACUAAUUUAUAAAUUACGACAGGUCGCAAGCUAAAAAACUAGACCUGAUCAAUUCCACAUGCCCAUAUCGAUAUUCUCCAAAUAGGCCCCGCCAAAUCACCCUGAACAGCGAAAGCCCGCAACAAAAUGUAUCUUGUUUCU